ACAAACCGAGGAAACCAGCUGAAACUAAUCAUACAGUUAGUUUUACUCCUCAGGGGUUAGGAGAGCCAGGAGAAUAAUGUGUUCUCAACAAAUAUUCGUGAAAGAUUCCGUAGUUCUUUUGAGUUCAGAUUAAUUGUAAAUAAAAUUUAUUUAAACAUGAACCCAGGGAAGAUCUCUCCGCAGGCCGGAGAAGAGUUGAACCCGGAGUUCAAAGAGGAUUUCUUCCACCCAGAGUUCAGAGAAUGUAACACUUGGAGAUAUUUUUCCGAGUGGAGAUAUUCCCGUCAGUUUUCUCAGAUAUCUGAGAGUAGCGGUACAAGUGCAGGAACAGUUCUUCAUCCCUCCCAACUAUCCUCUGUAGAGGAUUUAUCUAUACUAGAGCAGGAGUUUUCUUAUGAGGAGAAGUUCAGAGUUGACCGGCGCAAGCUAGAACAGAUGAUCAAUGGAAAAGGAGAUGAGAUAGAUGGAAGCGCACCUAGAGAAACAGCAGAAAAGUUCUUCGAAAGAGUUGGAUUGGAGACUAAUACUUGUAUCAUCUGGCCCUCCAGGCUCAAGGUUGGAGCUAAGAGUAAAAAGGAUCCUCAUAUCAGGGUUGGAGGAGACAGGGAUGGAGUCAAGAGAGCUAGAAGAUUAAUAAUUGAAACUUUGGAUACUAGAUGUCUCAGUCGAGUAACUUUAAAGAUGGAUGUUAGUUUCACGGAUCAUUCGCAUAUUAUUGGACGCGGAGGAAGUACAAUUAGGAAAGUUAUGGAUGAGACGAAAUGUCAUAUUCACUUCCCUGAUAGUAACCGCAGCAGUUCAGUGGAGAAAUCAAACCAGGUUUCAAUAGCAGGUGGAGUUAAUGAAGUUGAACGAGCCAGAGAACUCAUCCGAGGUCUUACUCCAAUAAUAUUCCAGUUCGACCUUCCUGUCCAAUCCAACCUGCUCCCACACACCGACGGCAGCAACGUGUUCAUCAAGACGAUCCAGGACCGGUAUUGUGUCCUUGUCUCCGUCAGGCAGGUUGGAAAGAAUCUCACGUCCUUCGUGUCUGUCAAGGGUUAUGAGAAGGACUAUGAGAGAGUGAAGGAAGGAACUCUGCUCCUGAUCAAGAAAAUGUUAACAUGUCCUGUUGACGAGGUUUCAGUGUAUCUCUAUAUACAUAUCUCCACACACCACCAACAUACUGUAUUUGGUGACAACAAUUCAAACCUUCUGGCGAUAGCAGAGAAAACCGGGACACGGAUAAACUUCCAGGAUACUGUAAACACACCCAGUUCCUCAUCAAGACGAGGAGGUGUCCGGAUAUCUGGAAGUGUUGACGGAGUUUUCUCCGCUCGUCAAAUCCUGGUCGGAUUCCUUCCCGUGAUGCUCAAGUUUGAUAUCAGUGGUGAUGCUUUUAUCGAAGAUUGGAAGCUUCUUAAAGUUCAAACCGAGAAGGAUGUGUCUAUCACCAUAAAACCUAGGGUUAAACAGGAAACACAAACGGUACUGAUUAGAACAGAAGAGAAGAAUUCACAAGGUUUAUACACUGCUAGAAACCAGAUUCUAGUGUUCUGUCAGGACCUGGAGACCUUCCCGGUGUCUUCAGACAAAUCAACUCAUCUCAUGCAGAAACAAACUAUUCAUCCUACUCAUCCCAAACCUGGAGAUUCCAUGAUUCCAACACAGAAUUCUAUAUGUAUUCCCUCUGCUAGAGACGUGAUAAACCUGUCUCAGAACCCUGACUACAAUCCUUCCCAAAAAGAUGUGAAUAUUACAUCCUUUAAUCCUUCUUAUAAUGGUCUGGGUAGGCUAAUGCAGCCACAUAAAGUGCAGAUUCAAGCUAUCCUCAAUUCUUCUCGGAGUAAAGAUCCUGUCUGGAGAUCUGGAGAACCUCAUCUUAGAAAUUCAAUCCAAGGAGUAGGAGUAGGAUGCUCUCUACUCUCUGCUACUCCUAGAGCAAUUAUUGGAAUAAAUAAGGAUCAGAAUCUGGGAAGUUCAAGGGAGAGUUUAGAGGAGAAAGAUGAUGUGGUUGGGGACAUGGCCAUUUAUCUUAAUCAGUUCUCAAUCAACAAGAGAGGAGGGGGAGGUUACGAAAGAGGGCCCGAUGGAUUAAGGAGCGUAGAUGGAGCAGGACGGAUGAUGGAGGGAUCAGGACGGAUGUUAGAGGGAUCAGGACGGAUGUUGGAGGGAUCAGGACGUAUGAUGGAGGGAUCAGGACGAAUGUUGGAGGGAUCAGGAAGGAUGAUGGAGGGAUCAGGACGGAUGUUGGAGGGAUCAGGACGUAUGAUGGAUGGGUCAGGACGGAUGAUUGAGGGAUCAGGACGGAUGUUGGAGGGAUCAGGACGGAUGUUGGAGGGAUCAGGACGUAUGAUGGAUGGGUCAGGACGGAUGAUGGAGGGAUCAGGACGGAUGAUGGAGGGAUCAGGACAGAUGUUGGAGGGAUCAGGACGGAUGUUGGAGGGAUCAGGACGGAUGAUGGAUGGGUCAGGACGGAUGAUGGAGGGAGCAGGACGGCUGGGGAGGGAAGGACGGAUGAUGGAUGGGUCAGGACGGAUGAUGGAGGGAGCAGGACGGCUGGAAGUCUGCUCCGGGUGGAAAGACUAUGAAGCUAAACGAUUGCUGGCAUCUAAAGCCAAGUCCUUGAAACCUACUGGAGAAGAACGUACUCCUACUCAGGCCUGGGCUGGGUUAGGAUUCUCUAGCUCUAUGCCGGAUGCAGUUCUCAGAGAAAAGCGAAGAAACGAGCAGAGCUAUAGAAUGAACCAAACCAGAGAAAUAUCCUCUAACUCAGAUUGGUUUUGCCAAUCCAACACAUUCGAGUCACUCGACGAGGUCAAUGAACCGGUCGACGAUCUCACCAUUCUUCUUCUUCGGCAUGGGCACUCGAAAUAUAUCGAUACUUUCCAGCGGCAUGAGAUCGAUCUUGAAACAUUUAUUAACCUGACUGACGAGGAGCUCAAGGAGAUCGGGAUAACAACUUUCGGAGGAAGGAAAAAACUGUUACUCCUGGCCUCCAAGAUCAAGAGCAGCAGUGGCUGA